UGAAACCCUUUUAAGUGUGAAAGGCUCUAAUAGGUUAAUUAAUAGUUGGUGUAUAAAACUGUCUUGUUGUGUUUGCCUCAGAUAAGAUAUGCCACUGCAAACAGUCCAACAUCCCUGAGGUCUCUACAGAUGGACAGGUCAAAGACGACAUCCAAGCAUCCAUGUUUUGACUCUGACCCUUCGCCCAUAUCAAACUCUGAUGUCCCUGAUGCCCUCCUGUCCAACAAAAUCCAGCCGUGUCCUGAUCAGGAGCUGUGGGAUUGGGCCCCUAACCUGACGGAAAUGCAUCCAUCUGCUCAACAAACGAGAAAACAAGACACCGUGAAAAGAGGAAAAGCUAAGAAGAUGUUUGGCUGGGGAGAUUUCCAGUGCAAAGUCAAAUCCACAAUCCUGAACCUGCUCAUCACAGGGAAGAUCGUGGAUCACGGCAACGGGACGUUCAGUGUUUAUUUCCGCUAUAACACCACUGGAGGAGGAAACGUCUCUGUAGGGCUGGUUCCUCCUAGUAAAGCGGUGGAGUUUGACGCGAGUGCUCGACAAACUGUUCUGCACUCGGUGGAGUCGCGGAUGUUUAACUGCAGGGUGGAACAUGAGAGGGUGGAGAGAGGAACUAAAGCUGCCCGCUGCUGGUACGAUUCGUCCCAGAGCUGCGAUCAGGACCAGACUCACAGCCAGGUCUCUUGGCUGUGCUCAAAACCAUUCAAAGUCAUCUGCGUUUACAUCUACUUCAACAGCCUGGACUACAAACUGGUGCAAAAAGUCUGUCCAGACUACAACUACCACAGUGAAUCCCCGUAUUUACCUUCUGGAUAAUCAUUUAUUCAUACACUACCUGACAAAAGUCUUGUUGUCGAUUCCAGUUAUAAAAGCAAUAAAUAAU